UGGACUAAAGUUCUAACACGCUGGAAUCCUCGCGAAUGUUCAGCACUAAUGCUGCUCGGUGAUUGGCUGUUUAGCUGGGAACACUCGGGAAAGUUCGGGACAGUUGCUGAGCGACGCCGGGAGCAUAGUGAGGACCGCGCUGUGAUUGGCUGUGAGUGACGUGACGUGCCAGCGCCUGUCAUGUAUAUAUGUUGGCUGUGAGCUCCGGUAAGGCAGUUACAGCUGAGAUCUCACAUACUGAGCGCAGCACAGCGGCUACAUACCAGGCAUCCAGCACCUGCCUGACCUACAGCUACUACAGCCCAGCUCCUCACCACUGAGCAGCAGAUCACCGGCUACAACACCUGCCUGACCUACAGCCCAGCUCCUCACCACUGAGCAGCAGAUCACCGGCAACAGCACCUGCCUGAGCCAGCAGAGGAAAAAUCCAGCCAGGCUACUGCACCACAAGACUCCCCUGACAAGCACACACUUCCUGGACUCAUAUAAUGGCACCUAAAGGGGCAGCUAUUGGUAUUGACCUGGGCACAACCUACUCCUGUGUGGGCAUUUUCCAGCAUGGCAAGGUGGAGAUCAUUGCUAAUGACCAGGGAAACCGCACCACCCCCAGCUACGUGGCCUUCACUGACACCGAGAGACUGAUCGGGGAUGCCGCCAAGAACCAGGUGGCGCUCAACCCCCAGAACACAGUGUUUGAUGCCAAGCGGCUGAUUGGAAGGAAGUUCAGUGAUGCUGUAGUGCAGUCUGACAUGAAGCACUGGCCCUUCCAGGUGGUGAGUGAUGGGGGGAAGCCCAAGUUGAAAGUGGAAUAUAAAGGAGAGGAGAAGACUUUCUUCCCCGAGGAGAUCUCCUCUAUGGUGUUGGUGAAGAUGAAGGAGACCGCUGAGGCGUACCUGGGCCAUCCAGUUACCAGUGCCGUCAUCACCGUGCCAGCCUACUUCAAUGACUCUCAGCGACAGGCCACCAAGGAUGCUGGUGUAAUUGCUGGACUCAAUGUACUGAGAAUCAUCAAUGAGCCCACGGCAGCAGCCAUUGCAUAUGGCCUGGACAAGGGAGCCCGUGGGGAAAGUAACAUCCUCAUCUUUGACCUGGGAGGGGGCACCUUCGAUGUCUCCAUCCUCACCAUCGAUGAUGGAAUUUUUGAAGUAAAAGCUACUGCAGGUGACACUCAUCUGGGCGGUGAGGACUUUGAUAACCGUAUGGUCAACCAUUUUAUGGAGGAAUUCAAACGCAAGCAUAAAAAGGACAUCAGCCAAAAUAAAAGGGCCCUGAGGAGGUUGAGGACAGCUUGUGAGAGAGCUAAACGUACCCUGUCCUCUAGCACCCAGGCAAGCAUUGAGAUUGACUCCCUUUAUGAGGGCAUUGACUUCUACACUUCCAUCACCAGAGCCCGCUUUGAGGAACUUUGCUCUGACCUCUUCCGUGGUACACUGGAGCCUGUUGAGAAGGCGAUGAGAGACGCCAAGCUAGACAAAUCGCAAAUACACGAGAUUGUCCUAGUGGGUGGUUCCACGCGUAUCCCCAAAGUGCAAAAGCUGCUACAGGACUUCUUUAAUGGUCGAGAGCUGAACAAGAGCAUCAAUCCAGAUGAAGCUGUGGCCUAUGGUGCCGCUGUCCAGGCUGCUAUCCUAAUGGGAGACAAGUCAGAGAAUGUGCAGGACCUGCUCCUGUUAGAUGUGGCUCCUCUCUCCCUGGGCUUGGAGACAGCUGGAGGGGUCAUGACUGUCCUCAUCAAACGUAACACAACCAUCCCUACCAAGCAGACUCAGAUUUUCACCACCUACUCUGACAACCAGCCGGGUGUCCUCAUUCAGGUGUAUGAGGGGGAGAGAGCCAUGACCAAAGACAACAACUUACUGGGUAAAUUUGAGCUGAGCGGAAUCCCCCCUGCUCCCAGAGGUGUGCCCCAGAUAGAGGUGACCUUUGACAUAGAUGCUAAUGGCAUACUCAAUGUGUCAGCUGUGGACAAGAGCUCUGGCAAACAGAAUAAGAUUACAAUUACUAAUGACAAAGGUCGGCUGAGCAAAGAGGACAUUGAGAAGAUGCUACAGGAGGCAGAGAGAUACAAAGCUGACGAUGAUGUACAGAGAGAGAAGAUUGCUGCCAAAAACUCACUGGAGUCUUAUGCCUUCAACAUAAAGAGCAUGGUGGAAGAUGAAGCCAUGAAAGGGAAGAUCAGUGAGGAGGAGAAGAGGAUCAUAUCCGAGAAGUGUAAGGAGACCAUGUCCUGGCUGGAAAACAACCAACUUGCUGAGAAAGAGGAGUAUGCCCAUCAGCAGAAGGAGCUGGAGAAGGUGUGCCAGCCCAUUAUAACCAAGCUGUACCAGGGAGGAAUGCCCAGUGGUGAAAUGCCCGGCUCCAGCUGUGGGGCACAGGCCAGACAAGGUAACAGCUCAGGACCCACCAUUGAGGAGGUAGAUUAAUACCUCUGAUUUACAGUGAAGGUUCAGCUCUGAUGGACACGGACUUGCUGCAAAGCUGUUUGCCUGUGCUGGAUAUUUUCUGACUGAUUCCAUCACACAUUGGGGGUAAUUCCAAGUUGAUCGCAGCAGGAGUUUUUUUUAGCAGUUGGGCAAAACCAUGUGCACUGCAGGGGUGGCAGAUAUAACAUGUGCAGAGAGAGAUAGAUUUGGGUGGGAUGUGUUCAAACUGAUAUCUAAAAUGCAGUGUAAAAAUAAAGCAGCCAGUAUUUACCCUGCACAGAAACAAAAUAACCCACCCAAAUCUAACUCUCUCUGCAAAUGUUAUAUCUGCC